AGAAAAACAAUAAAAAGAAAAACUAAGCUCGUGGGUCCCAACCUUCCUAUAAGAUGACGUGGCGAUAACUCGGUGCAAAAUGGAUUAAUACUGGAAGAUAAUGACUGGAGGGCAACUGAACCGUAAGAGUAAGGCCAAUAGAGAAAGAGAGAGAGAGAGAGCUGAUCUAUGAAUCUAUUUUCUUAUAUGAAAAUAUGAAUUGAUUUAAACAAAAAUAAUAAGAAAAUCUCGAAAUUUUAAUUUCUUUUAUUCCCACUCCCGUAGUCUUCAGGUCGUUUUUGAGAUUUGAAUUUCGAGAGAUUCAGAGUUACAUGAAGCUGACGUUCUUAACGUUAGAAAUCGAAGAUGAGAAACGUAAGCGACAGCGUCCAGACCGUCAACGCCGCGGCCACAGCAAUCGUCUCCGCCGACUCCAGAGUCCAGCCUUCAACCGUUCAGAAGAAAAGAUGGGGAAGCUGCUGGAGUUUUUACUGGUGUUUUGGAUCUCACAGAAGCAGUAAGCGAAUAGGUCAUGCUGUUCUUGUCCCCGAAGCAUUGGUACCUGGAGUUGCAGUUGUAGCUGCACAAAAUGCAAGUAAUCCAACUGGCAUUCUAUUGCCCUUUAUUGCCCCUCCCUCAUCUCCUGCAUCAUUUCUCCUAUCAGAUCCUCCUUCUGCCACCCAGUCGCCUGCUGGAUUGCUAUCCCUAGCAUCGCUUUCAGUUAAUGCCUACUCCCCCCGUGGACCUGCAUCUAUUUUUGCCAUUGGCCCUUAUGCACAUGAAACCCAGUUAGUCACGCCACCUGUAUUCUCUGCCUUGGCAACUGAACCAUCUACUGCUCCUUUUACACCCCCUCCCGAAUCAGUUCAAGUGACCACACCUUCAUCCCCUGAAGUACCAUUUGCUAAAUUGCUGACAUCUUCAUUGGAGCGUGCUCAGAGAAACAGUGGGAUCAAUCAGAAAUUUGGGUUAUCCCAUUACGAAUUUCAGUCUCAUCAAAUAUACCCUGUGUCGCCUGGUGGUAAUCUCAUAUCACCUGGGUCUGUAAUCUCUAAUUCUGGCACUUCCUCUCCAUUUCCUGAUAGACGUCCCAUCCUUGAGUUGCGCAUAGCGGAGGCUCCUAAAAUCUUAGGCUUUGAACAUUUUACUACUGGCAAAUGGGGUUCAAGGCUAGGCUCUGGAUCAUUAACUCCAGAUGGACUGGGGCAAGGUCCAAGACUGGGUUCUGGAUGUAUGACUCCAGAUGGUAUGGGGUUGGAUUCAGGAUCAUGGACACCUGAUGGUUUGCCUCCUUCCUCACGAGACAUUUUUGUUUUGGAGAGUCAGAUUUCUGAGGUAGCGUUGUUUUCAAAUACAGAGAAUGGACCUAAAAAUGAUGAAACUAUAGUUGACCACAGGGUCUCUUUUGAGUUGAGUGGUGAAGAUAUUGCACGCUAUCUUGACAGCAAGUCAUUUAUAUCAAAUAGAACCAAGUCAGAAUGUCCGAAGGACUUGGUUGCAGAGGGCAGGAUAGAUAGAGAUGGAAUGAAAAAAGAUCUAGAAAGUUCUUGUAAGUUGUUUAGCAGGGAAACUUCCAAUGAAACGGUUGAAAAAGCUUCAGGAGAAUCUGAAGAGGAGCAUUGUUAUCAAAAGCAUCGUUCUGUUACACUUGGGUCAAUUAAAGAGUUCAAUUUUGACAGUACAAAAGGAGAAGCUUCUGAUAAGCCUAGCAUCAGGUCCGAGUGGUGGGCCAAUGAAAAAGUUGCUGGAAAGGAAGUUAAGCCUGGUAACAACUGGUCUUUCUUUCCUAUGUUGCAGUCAUAGGUGAGCUGAUACUGAAACCAUGUGAACUUAGUUUCACCUGGAUGCAUAAACUAUGUCAUUCGGUUGUUUGCUUAAUUUAGAUGGUGGAGUGAAGACCAGGUUUCAGAGUUCAGAGAACCUUUAUUCCCAAUGGCCUGAAAGAUUAUACAAUGAAAAGUUCCAAGGCAUCAACAGUAUGGGUACUGAUAGAGCAUUCUUUUAAUACUUCCUUACCUGAUGUUACACCAAAAAAAUUGAACAGUAUUCACAUACAUGGUAUUGUGUUUUAUUGCUAUUAUUUCUUUAGAGUUGUGACAGUAAGGAUACUUUUUUUUCUUCUUGGUAGCAAUCUUCAGUUCAUUUGAUGAUAUAUUUACGGUUAGUUUCUUGGUCUUUUUAGGUACUUACAAUGCUUCAGCAUCCUUUCAACAACAUUUGGUCAUACAUUUCAGUUUGCUAGUUCAUUCGUUCAUUCUUUCAUUUUCUUUUAAGAGAUUUGCUAGUUCAUUCUUAUUCUUUCGGAUUUCUUUUUCCAGCCACAGUCAGAAACUUGUGCUAUGUUAUUAACCAUGCUCAGGCGUGUAUAAUGGGUUGAGUUAGUCUCAAGUUGCAGCAAAAGAAGGAAUUUUAACAUCUGAAUCCAGAAUUAACCAAAUAGCUUGCACCCGAAGCAGUCUGUUAUCAACAAUGUAAGCACAAAACAACAAAUAUAUGUAAUAUUGUUCCUCGAAUAAAUACUCUCUUUUUUCUAAAAA